AUGUAUUAUUCAGAGGAAAUUGGUCUUCCUAGAACUGAUAUUUCAAGAUGGAGGUUACGAACUGAUGAUCUUGGUAGAGAAACAUGGCACUAUCUAUCACAAUCUGAAUGUGAAAACGAACCACAAUCAACAUUUGUUCAAUGGUUAUUGGGGUCACCAGAUUUCCCAUCUCCAUCAUCGUCAGAUAGUCACACUCCAGGCGAGGCAGCAAAAAAGGGUGCUGACUUUUUGAAACUAUUGCAAUUGGAUAAUGGCAUCUUCCCCUGCCAGUACAAGGGCCCAAUGUUUAUGACUAUUGGCUAUGUCGCUGCUAACUACUAUAGCAAGACUGCGAUCCCUGAACCGUAUAGAAUUGAAAUGAUACGUUAUAUUGUUAACACUGCCCAUCCAGUCGAUGGUGGUUGGGGACUUCACUCGGUAGAUAAAUCUACUUGUUUUGGAACAACCAUGAACUACGUAUGUCUUCGGUUAUUAGGAAUGGAAAAGGAUCAUCCAGUUUUGGUUAAGGCAAGAAAAACAUUACACCGUUUGGGCGGUGCCAUCAAGAAUCCACAUUGGGGUAAAGCCUGGCUUUCUAUUUUGAAUUUAUAUGAAUGGGAGGGUGUAAAUCCAGCUCCGCCAGAACUAUGGCGAUUACCUUACUGGUUGCCCAUCCAUCCUGCAAAAUGGUGGGUGCAUACAAGGGCUAUUUAUUUGCCGUUGGGAUAUGCUUCUGCAAACAAAGUUCAAUGCGAACUUGAUCCUCUUUUACAAGAAAUCAGAAAUGAGAUUUACGUUCCAAGCCAAUUACCUUAUGAGUCAAUCAAAUUUGGUAACCAAAGAAAUAAUGUUUGUGGUGUUGAUUUGUAUUACCCACAUACAAGAAUUCUCGAUUUUGCAAAUUCUGUAUUGAGCAAAUGGGAAGCUGUUAGACCAAAGUGGUUGUUGAAUUGGGUUAACACCAAAGUUUAUGACUUGAUUGUGAAGGAGUAUCAGAAUACAGAGUACUUGUGUAUUGCUCCUGUGAGUUUUGCCUUUAAUAUGGUUGUGACCUGCCAUUAUGAAGGUUCUGAAUCAGAGAACUUUAAAAAACUCCAAAGCAGAAUGAAUGAUGUUUUGUUUCAUGGACCUCAGGGGAUGACUGUUAUGGGGACUAAUGGUGUACAAGUUUGGGAUGCUGCUUUUAUGGUGCAGUACUUUUUCAUGACGGGCCUCGUUGACGACCCGAAGUAUCACGAUAUGAUUAGAAAGAGUUAUCUAUUUUUAGUGAGAUCCCAAUUUACAGAAAACUGUGUCGAGGGAAGUUUCAGAGAUAGACGUAAAGGUGCUUGGCCAUUUAGUACAAGGGAGCAAGGGUACACUGUAAGUGACUGUACUGCAGAAGCAAUGAAAGCUAUCAUCAUGGUCAGAAAUCAUGAAAGUUUUGCUGACCUCAGAGACGAAAUAAAAGAUGAAAACUUGUUUGACGCCGUUGAAGUUUUGUUGCAGAUUCAAAAUGUGGGAGAAUGGGAAUAUGGUUCAUUCUCAACAUAUGAAGGUAUAAAAGCCCCUUUGUUACUAGAGAAAUUGAAUCCUGCUGAGGUCUUUAAUAAUAUUAUGGUAGAAUACCCAUACGUGGAAUGUACUGACUCUUCAGUUUUGGGGCUUACUUACUUUGCAAAAUAUUACCCUGACUAUAAGUCGGAAUUGAUUCAGAAAACUAUUUCGUCAGCCAUUCAAUAUAUUAUUGAUUCACAAGAUAACAUUGAUGGUUCUUGGUAUGGAUGUUGGGGAAUCUGCUAUACUUAUGCUUCGAUGUUUGCAUUGGAAGCUUUGCAUACAGUUGGUCUUGAUUAUGAAUCCUCUUCGGCUGUGAAAAAAGGGUGUGAUUUUCUUAUUUCAAAACAACUUCCAGAUGGUGGAUGGUCAGAAUCUAUGAAAGGCUGUGAAACACACUCGUAUGUUAAUGGUGAAAAUUCCCUUGUUGUUCAAUCUGCAUGGGCUUUAAUAGGGUUGAUAUUGGGAAACUAUCCGGAUGAAGAGCCAAUCAAGAAGGGGAUUCAAUUUUUGAUGAAACGACAAUUACUGACCGGUGAAUGGAAAUAUGAAGAUAUUGAAGGUGUAUUUAAUCACAGUUGUGCAAUAGAGUAUCCUUCAUAUAGAUUUUUAUUUCCAAUUAAGGCGUUGGGUUUAUAUAAAAACAAGUAUGGAGAUAAAGUAUUAGUUUAA